AUGACCUCAAUCAUGAAUUGGAGAGCUGGAGAAUUCGGUUCAAGACCUGUCCGGGUUGCUAACUGUUCAGGCUACCACGGCGACCCAGCUGAGGAAAUGUAUAACCAGGCCACGCUCGGCGAUGUCGAUUUCAUAACCGGCGACUACCUUGCAGAGGUCAACAUGGCCAACAAUGCGGAGGCUUUCGCGCAGGGGAAGCAUUCUGGCUACGAGGAAACGGCCUGGCAAGGCCUGAAACAGUCUUUACCCGUUAUAGCACAGAAGCGGAUCAAAGUCGCCAUCAAUGGUGGUGCCCUGAAUCCUGGAGGCCUGGCCACCAAGGUUGCUGCCUUGAUCCGGGAAAAAAGCUACGAUCUAAAAGUCGCUUACGUGUCAGGAGAUGAUAUUCUGCCCAAACUUAGCACCUUCAUGCCGCAACAGAAGGAAGCGUCCUUGCCUCAUGUCGACUCUCAAAACAAGAAUGUUGUCAUAUCUGAUGAAUCCUUUAUCUUUGCCCAAGACGGAAAGGAACCGCGGAAGAUAGUAUCUGCAAAUGCCUACCUGGGCGCUCAUUCAAUCUAUCAGGCUUUUCAGAAUGGCGCCGACAUUGUCAUUUGCGGUCGGGUUUCGGAUGCCAGCCCGGUCAUUGCCUGUGCCUGGUAUUGGUGGUCCUGGAGAAUUACAGAUUAUCAUGAAUUGGCCGGGGCCCUGAUUGCUGGACACUUGAUUGAGUGCUCAUCGUACGUCACUGGAGGAAACUUUGCCGGUUUCGAUGCGUUUAAUCUCGACAAUCUCAUCAACCCUGGAUUUCCCAUCGCCGAGAUUGCUCAAGAUGGGUCGUGCGUCAUCACUAAGCAUGAAGGAACAGGCGGCAUGGUGACUGUCGAUACGUGUCGAUCUCAGCUAGUCUAUGAGCUUCAGGGCAACAUCUACCUUAACAGCGAUGUUAAAGCGGUCCGUGUCACUGGAAUCCGUGGUGCUCCGCCUCCAGAUACCACUAAACUUGCCAUCUUUUAUAAUGGUGGACAUGAAGUUCAGCUAUUAGUUAAUGCUACAGGCUAUGCCACAGACAAGAAGUUUGAACUUUUUAGUAAGCAAGUUCAAUACUUCAUGGGAGAAGAGACCAUGAAAGAACUUGAUAUUUUUGAAGUCCAACAAAUCGGCGUUCCCGCAUUCAACCCUGCGAAUCAAAACAGCAGCACCGUCUAUUUUCGAAUAUUUGCCCAGUCAACCAAUCUUCAGGCCCUUGGAGCAAUUGCUCUUGCUGUCAGGCAUAUUUCAUUGAAGCACUACUCUGGCUUUCACAAUUCGUUGGAUAUGCGCACUGCGAUUCCUCGACCUUAUCUAGCUUAUUAUCCCGCUUUGUGGCAUCAAUCCAACCUCAGCGAGCAGUGUCAUUUCGUCAACGCUGACGGUACGACCAGCUCCUUUGACACAUCGCCACCUCCCCGUUUUGAGCAGCUGGAGCAGCGCGAGUCUUAUGACACAAAGCUCCCUGUACACUUCACGGGCGGCGACCUUCGCCAAGUGCAACUCGGCGACGUUGUUCUGGGACGUUCGGGCGACAAGGGCGCCAAUUUGAACUUUGGAUUAUUCGUCCAGACACAGGAUGAGUGGGAGUGGCUCCGUUCUUACAUGUCUUGCGCUAAGGUUCAAGAGAUGCUCAUCGAGGACUGGCACCCGGACUUUUCCAUUGAGCGAGUCGAGUUUCCAAAAAUCUACACUGUCCAUUUCGUGGUCUACGGUAUCCUUGGCCGGGGUGUGAGUAGCUCGAAGCGUUUGGAUGGUUUUGGCAAAGGCUUCAUCGAUUAUUUUAGAGACAAGACUGUCCAAGUCCCCGUGUCUAUUUUGAACAAGGUAUCGUCUUCUAAGAUAUAA